CUUCUUGUGAUGAGGUGUUAGCAGUUUUUCUCAUGGAUGCUAUGGUUCACUUGAUUACUUUUAAACUUUGCCUUGUCUCCUCCAUGUCUUGUGUAAGCUUCCGUAUUUGUCAUGCCAUGGUUGAAUUUGAUGGUUUUGUUUUAUUAACAGUAUUUCUUGGGUUUGUCCUUGAUGACGAAGAAUCACUCAUUCUGUCCUCGCUUCUGGAGCUCGAAAUACUUCUAUGUGGUCUUGAUGAAUUUUUUGAAUUUUUCAUGUGGUAUUCGUGGAUUGAAAAGUGCCGAGCCCCACAGUGGGCGCCAAAUGUUAACCGUAAAAAUAGAGUAGAUGGUGUGAAACCAAGAUCUUUAUUGAUAGAGAGUGUUUACAAUAGAGGGAGAAUGAUAGUGGAAAAUAAUCUACCUCCUUAGGUUGAUCCUAGAGAUAUUUAUAGGAUGCUUAAAUACAGUUAUUCUAGGAAUACAAUUUUAUUUAAUUG